AUGACGUCUUUGGCCGUGUUCCCCUUGCAGAGGACGAUGACCGAUCUCACCGACGAUGAUCUCUACCAGGCGCCGGCCAUCGGCACAGUGUUUGCCAAUGCCGCCGGCCCAGCCUACUCCGCCAUGAGCUUCAGCAGCACCGGCGCGGCCACGGCCGAGUUGCUGCAAAUCCUCAACGUGCCUGACAAUUUUUUCGAGGACUACAGCCGCAGAAACACGCUGAGUCCGUCCUUGAACAGCGGCUUGUCGCAGUCCCAGGACGGCUUUGACAUUUGCGAUGAGGCCUACGACACGCCGCAGAGGGGCAGUCCGUACGCCGGAUACGUCCAUCUGGACGCGUUCGAUGCAUUCGGCCAGGCCCAGCUGCUAGAUCAGCAGCAGUACCAGCAACAACAGUACCAGCAUCAAUCGCAGUGGAACAGCCAGCCAAACACACAGCCUCAGCAUCAAUACCAGCUGCAUCAAUACCAGUCGCAUCAAUACCAGCAGCAUCAAUACCAGCAUCCACAGUCUCAGCAUCCACACCAGCAACAGCCUGCGUUUGUCCAGCCACAGCUAAUACAGAUGCGCUCCAACAUGCACACCCAAGCCAGAAAGGGCCGGAUCACCACGUUGGGCGACCACGAGGCUCCAGGCUCCAUGCCCAUGAAGGACGACGACUUCUUCUUGUUCAACUGCGACAUCCAGCCCUCGCAGAUGUUGGCCAACAAGAACUACUUCAACACCGAGGACACCAUGUCUCCAUCGCUCUACAUCAUGAACGGCGACUUGGACCACGCUCCGGUGCCUCGCGACUCGGCCGCGGGAGCUUCCCAGCUGUAUGUGCCCAUGGAUGAGUUUGUGGAAGACGCCGAAGCGUUGUCUGAGGACUCGGACGACGACAACUGUUUUCAGGACGACGACGGUUUUGAUGAUCGCGCCAUGAGCCACGAGCAGCUUCCGGGCAUGCUGCCCUUCACGCACUCUCCUCAGGCGAACUUCAUGAAGAUCGUUCCCACGAACGAGCUGUCCCUACAGUCGUCUCCUGUGGAAAACAAGUACGAGCUCCACACAACGCAGGACUCCUCAAUGAGCAUGGAAAAGCUCGAGGGUCCCGAUAGCGGCGCCGGAUCGCGCAAGUCGUCGUUGGAUUCACAAACGGACAUGAUGCAUAUCACCAAGGACUACCACAAGACCGCGGCAGAGAUAUCGGCAACCAACCCGGAGCACCAGUGCGAUCUCGUCAACCCCUCGAGCGGGAAGGUGUGCAACCGCAAGUUCUCGCGGCCUUACGACUUGAUCCGCCACCAGGAAACCAUCCACGCCUCGGAGAAGAAGAUCUACAGAUGCGUGAUAUGCGAAGGCCGUGCCAACGGCGGGCCGGGGAACGGCAAGCAGAAGACGUUUUCACGUAACGACGCCUUGUCGCGACACAUCAAGGUCAAGCACGGCUUGGCUGGGCAGGAGGCCUUGGAUCUCAUUAACGAAGCGAAGGAGAACGUCGAGUACGUGGCUGUCUGA